GCGGGCAUGAACACGACCGGGUUCGGGAGUUUUUGGUCAAAGGUUCGCUCUCGGAACCAGAUUGCGUCUCCAAAAAGAACCAAAGCUGACCAGAAGUAACGCGUAAAACCCGCAGAGGACGCGCAGAGACCUCGGCUACCUGCACAUUACUUUGCCUGAUCCAGAACCUGAGGAUAACUACGCUCUUGAUCUGCGGGACUAACAGAGGCACCACGGGGGGAAUAUGACAGCCGGCCUGGGCCACUGAAAGGAGUGAGAAUCGGUGUACGCGCUUGGUGACCGCACAGCCACAUUAUGCAGCAUCCUUUGGACAUGGGGGCGCAUUACUAUCCUCCGGAGAUCCACCCAGACCACAGGACUCAUCGCUACAGGAGUUUCAUGAUAGAGGAGAUCCUGACUGAUCACCCGGAGCACAAAGCGUCGGCUCCGGCCGGAGAGCUGCUUAAAUUCGGGGUACAUGCUCUCCUGUCCGCCCGGCCUUUCCACAGCCAGCUGGUGCUAAAGGCCGACCAGACGAGCCUCCUCAAGUUCCCCAUAUCCCCGCUGUCCUGCUCGCUGGGCUCCCCGCUCGGCUCCCCGCUGCUGUCCGCCGGUCCGGGCCUGCAGGUCGGCGCAGCGUCUCACCACCUGCCGCUGGACCUGCACCUCCGCGGGAAGCUGGAGCACGGGGCCGACGGGGGCAGCAAGACCAAGAAGGGCCGCCGGAGCCGCACCGUGUUCACCGAGCUGCAGCUGAUGGGCCUGGAGAAACGCUUCGAGAAGCAGAAGUACCUCUCCACGCCUGACAGAAUAGACCUGGCAGAGUCGUUGGGGCUCAGUCAGCUGCAAGUGAAAACAUGGUACCAGAACAGACGGAUGAAAUGGAAGAAGAUUGUGUUGCAGGGAGGAGGCCUGGAGUCCCCGACCAAACCGAAAGGCCGUCCGAAGAAGAACUCCAUCCCCAGCAGCGAGCAGCUAUCUGAACAGGAAAGAUCCGCCACUGACGCUGACCCCCAGUCCGAAGGCUCCAGCUCCCACUUAGAGAGCACUCAGGAGGAGUGACCCGGCCGCAGCCACACACACUCUGACUCUAAGCUCUGGGACGCUCUGUGUGUAUCUCCAGGACGGGGCAGAAUCCAGCAUGUGGUGCUGCUGCUGCUCCUGAACCUGGACUCCAAAGACUCUGCAGAAACCUGAACUGUACGAGCCGACAUCCUCCAGCAGCCGUGUGCUCUUUGUCGUAGCUCCCUCAUGGCGAACUUGCUGCUGUUGAGGAGGCGGACUCAAACCUUUGCAGUAGGUCUAACCUUUA